UGAUACAGCCCUGGGGCAGACAAGAGAGUCUGUAAAUUCUUAGUCUUAGAUGUAGAGGUAGUUCCCAUGCAGGGAGGGUCACCCUGACUGUUACAUCUCUCGGAGUCCCUGAGCCUCAUCUUGUCUCCAGGAUGGUGUGUGUCUUGCUCCCCAGGGAAGUCUGGAUAGAAGUUCUGGCUGUGACCCUGCUGGUGCUGAAUCCUCAGGUGGCUGCAGGCAGACACAGCCCAGAGCACUUCACGUGGCAGUUUAAGCCCGAGUGUCACUUCGAGAAUGGGACGGAGCACGUGCGGUUUGUGGCGAGAGUCAUCUACAACCGGGAGGAGUACGCGCGCUUCGACAGCAACGUGGGGGAGUUCGUGGCGGUGACGGAGCUGGGGCGGGGCCUUGCUGAGUAUUGGAACAGCCAGAAGGAUUACAUGGAGAGUGCAAGGACCGCGGUGGACUGGUUUUGCAGGGUCUGCUAUGAGAUUUCUGAGCCCUUCUUAGUGCGCAGGAGCGUCCAGCCCCAGGUGACUGUGUAUCCAUCCAAGGUGGCUCCCCCGGGACACCACAACCUGCUUGUCUGCUCCGUCAGCGGUUUCUAUCCCGGGGACAUCGAGGUCCGGUGGUUCCUGAACGGACGGGAGGAGACGGCCGGGGUGGUGUCCACGGGCCUGAUGGGCAAUGGAGACUGGACCUACCAGACCCUGGUGAUGCUGGAGAUGACCCCCCGGCGCGGAGAUGUCUACACCUGCCACGUGGAGCACUCCAGCCUUCAGGGACCCGUCCUCUUGGCCUGGAGAGCCCAGUCUGAGUCUGCCCAGAGUAAGAUGCUGAGUGGGGUCGGGGGCCUCGUGCUGGGGCUGAUCUUCUUGGGGGUCGGCCUCAUUGUCCACAAGAGGAGCCAGAAAGAAAAUCGGGGCUCACAACCAGCAGGGCUCCUGAGCUGAUCCCCUCCCCUCUGUCACUUCCCCUCUCAGUAUUCUCAUGUUUGGAGGCCCCUGCUUGUGCCAGAUCUCCAGGAGGAUAGCGCCCCUCUCCCCCCCCUCCCCGACCUCUUCCCUGGAAUAGCUCCUUCCCUGCACCUUCAACUCUUCUGAACUCUUUGGGGAAUUUCCCCAACAGCCUCAGAGACCCUCUUUACCCUCCUCUCUUUCUGUACCAGGGUUUUAUCAUUUUUGUCCCUUGAGUCUUCACCCCAUAAUUAGGAGGCUGAGAAUCAGCUGGUGCUUGGUGACAGAGAGACAAUGUUGGGGAGCAGAGAGAGGAAGCUUCAGCACUUGGGAUUCGUAGCAUCUGUCAAAUGGAGAAAUGCCUCCAGAGGUGAAGAUCGCCAUCCACGCUCAGCUGGUGCCUCUUGUCCAUUUCCUUCCAUGAUUCCUGCAGAGCCAAUUACCCAGCAUGCUUCUGGUUUUCCUCUGUGUUUCUUGACGUUAAAUGGAGACCAACUCCCUCAUGGUGUCUGCCCCCUGUGUGAUGGCCCCCCUCAUUCUGCUGAUGAUUCUCUUGGUGACUUUUCUUCUAUCACUUCUGCUCCAUUCUUUUUUUACAAUCUGCUGUAGCUUCUGGUUCCCUCUCAUGUAUAUCUCCAUUAAACUUUUAACAAAUUAAAGUUUUAGUAAUA